UAAAACGUGUAUAUAUUGGCGGACUAUCCAAGGAUGUCAUUGAGGAAGAUAUCGCUAAUCGGUUACGUCCAUUUGGAUCGAUAAGUAAUGUAGACAUUAUCUAUCAACAGGAGACUGGUGAAAGUCGCGGCUUUGCAUACGUUACAAUAAAGACGACUUCAACUUUGUGGAAAAAAUGCGUUUCGACACUCAACGGUACAAUUUGGAAGGGUAUGAAAUUACGGAUAGAAGACGCCAAGCCCGAUUACAAACAACGUUUGCAGGAUCAAUGGGAGCAGGAACGUAAACUGGCCGGGUCUCAAGUAUCAGGUGCACGUAUGUCGAAGAAGAGAAAGCAAGAGACGGUUACUUUAGCAGAUAAUAUGAGUUUGAUUACUGACAAGAAUGUCGACGGACGUAAGGGAUGGAAAAAAGUACGAUACGGAAGAGCAGUUGCUGUCAUGCGACUCCGCAAGGAUGAUGGAACAAAGUUUGUGUUUAACCCGCAGCAUUAUCAAAAUAAUCUCAAACGGUUUACUGAACGCGAUUGGGAACUAUUGAAACAGAUGCCGUCUGACACAUCGUUGUCGUUAACGUGUGAAGUUGAUAAUAAGCAUAGUGAUGGAUUGAAAUCGAAAUUUAUGGAUUAUAACGACAACAUGGGAAAUCCAGGGAUAUUCUCGUCACAAUCAUCGUCAGUAGCGGACGGACUAAAACAGUUGACCUUGGGUAAAGAUGUUGAUAAACAAGAUCAAAAUAUGAAGGCUAAGCAGGAACGCUCCAAUCGACAACGACUUGAAGCGAUUGAAAAACGUGUAAAUGAAGAGAGAAAAAAGAAGAGAGCGAUAAGCGAUAAUCAGACGUCUAAGCUGAACAAGCACGUAAAAUUCACAGAAGAAGGGAGUAGAGAUAAAUUAUCCUUGUUUGCAUCGGAUGACGACAGUAACUAUUCUGACAAUAACAGCGGGGAUAAUAGUUUAUUUGGAAAAAUAGACAUAAAUCCUGUAUUUGAAGGCGCAUCUGGUCACAAGAGACUUCAAUUACAAUCUCAGUUCCACGGUGAUCGUCGUUUCAAUUUGACUGAAGAUUUCAUGAGCGACAGUGAUGAAGACACACAAAAUGCAGAGAUAAAUAGAGCCAACGAUAAGAAUGACAUAAAUGGAGACGAGGAGUUUGAUGACGAGAUAUCACGGGCACUAAGUGAAGAGAAGGCAAACCACAUGAAUAUACUCAAAUCAAUGUUUGGUAACGGAAUACUCAACAGAAUUACUAGAAAAAAAGCUCCUGAGUGGAAAAUACGAAGAUUUGAUCCUGAGGAACCUAACGACGAUUUGGAGAUAGUACAAGACAUUGAAGACUUUCCCACGAAGAAUCUAGCUUCAACACCUAUGUCGGUUGUGCCAAAGGACGUGCGAAUCGAGAUAAGGGCAGAUCUAAAGCAGUUGUUCACUUCAAGUGCGGUGAAAUGUAUAAGGGCAAGAGAAACUGAAGAAUCACCCGCACAAAUUAUUCAAACCGUGGUGACUAAUAACCCUUCCGAAGCACACCCAUAUCUUCCAUCAAGCGAAGCAUUACGGCAAUCAAUUAAACGCCUUCGGCGCUCUAAUCUUCCGACACCCCUGGAGGAUCUUACCAUUCCUGAAAAUUUAAGAGAGUUAUUUUGA